CCUUGCUUGGCUUGGCUUGGCUUUGCUGGCUUUCUCUUCCCCCAAUGUUUCACUUUUUUAUCUUAUGUUUCUUGGUUCCAUAAAAAAAAUCUCUGUAACUAAGCCCUGCAAAAUUUUCUCUCAUUUGGCUUUGAUUUUUCUUGGGUAUCUCUUUGAGUUGUUAGCUUCAGGCCAAAAUUUCUUGAUAUGAGGAUGAUGAUGAAUCUAAAUUUUAAGAUCUAAUAAGAUCUGCUACUGGGACAACCAGGUUGAUCAUUAUUUUGGUAGAGAUUUUGUAAGAUUACGGUGGAGGAUUUUCUCCAGGUAAGCUGAGGAGCAUGCUUUUGGGAAUCGAGAAGAAGAGAAAGGAAGAGGAAGAGCUUGAAUCAACGUAUUCUUUGAGAUCUGAAGUUAGUGAGAUGGAUGACAGAGGGGUUAGCACUUCUGAGAGUUGCAAGGAUGUAGACAUUGUGAGUGUACGGCCUGAAUGCUCAGCCUCAACAACGAUGGGAGAUGCAUUGGCCUCUGACAUGGCUAGUGAUCGUAGAUUUAGGGAGCACAGUUUAGCCAAUUCGAGGACUAGAUCUCAGGAAGAUAGUUCUCUAGAUUAUGAUAGUGGGCAUGACAGUGCAAGUGUAUCAUCAUCUACAUUUGAGUUUCAGAAGGCAGAACGUGCGCCACACAGAGUGCCAUAUGCUCCAUUCUCGAAACCGGCACCUUCUAAAUGGGAUGAUGCACAGAAGUGGAUUGCAAGCCCUACUUCAAAUCGGCCAAAGUCGGGGCAGCCUCAAGUGCCUGCUGGGCAAGUUGUUGGAUCAAAGAAAACUGGUUUGCUUGGUUAUGGAAGUCGGCCUUCGGCUACGAAGGUAGUCCUUGAAGUUCCUGACCAAAGAUCUGUUUCUUUUGAAGAAGCAGAUACCAAGCAGAUGGAUCCAAGCCAAGCUAAGAGGGAAGCUGGAGGGCAAAAGUUCAUCAACUGGAUGCCUGAACCGUACCCUGUUGCAGAUUCGUGUGUUAAGCCUGAACUUAUAAUCGAAAAUUCUGUUGCAGAUUCAUCAAUUAGCCUCAGCCGUCAUGAUUCAUCUAUUUCCAUCCACAGUGCCACAACUUUUCUUCCACCUCCUUCGACAGUCAGGUCUGUGUCCAUGAGAGAUAUGGGUACAGAAAUGACUCCUAUUGCCAGUCAAGAACCUUCCAGGACUGGAACUCCUGUGAGGGCAACAACACCAAUACGGAGCCCAAACUCUUCUCGACCAUCCACUCCAGGAAGAGCUGCACCUUCAUCUCCUGUUGAGCCAACCGAUUGCCAACUGGAUCCUAACAAAAAGGAGUUGUCUGAGAAAGAAAUACAAAUGAGGACUAGAAGAGAAAUAAUGAUUCUUGGAACACAACUUGGCAAGAUGAACAUUGCUGCUUGGGCAAGCAAGGAGGAGGAGGACAAUGAUGCAUCUACUUCUCUUAAGACUGUACCUAUGGAUAAACCAGCUAAAAGUGUCAUUGAGACCCGUGCAACUGCCUGGGAGGAGGCAGAGAAAGCAAAAUAUAUGGCCAGGUAUAAACGUGAAGAGAUCAAAAUACAAGCAUGGGAAAAUCAUCAAAAAGCAAAAACAGAGGCUGAGAUGAGGAAAAUUGAGGUUGAGGUGGAAAGAAUGAGGGGCCGGGCCCAUGAUAAAUUGAUGAACAAGCUAGCAGCUGCUAGGCACAAAGCCGAAGAGAAGCGAGCAGCAGCAGAAGCCAAAAGAAACAGACAAGCUGCAAAGACUGAACAACAAGCAGAAUACAUCAGAAGAACUGGACGUAUCCCUUCUUCAUUUUCCUGCUGCAGUUGGUGCUGUUGAAAUAUGAAUAAUUUCCCAUCAAAGCAGCCUUUGCCAUUUCACUAACACAUUUCAUAUGAUAUUCUGUUCCGUAUUUCUUAUUUUAACAUGCAUAUGUUAAGAUGAGCUUCAUGGUUCAAGUUAGUGUUCUAUAAUUGAUUCUGCUCCUUGUUUUAAAGGUAUUAAGGUUUAUUCUGGAGAAACAGAAUUUCCAAAAUUGACUUUUGGGGGAGCUAUGAUUGCAAACAAUGGCUUUGUUCAGAAGUGUCUUCCAAUUUGCUGGAGAUCGACUGUGAAGACUUUCCACUGGAUCUGCAAGCUACUUUCCAUCCAAAGAACUGUUUUUCAGUGGAGAAGCCCAAGUGAAGACUGGGUUAUGAAUUAUGAUAAUGUCUCGGUCAGAGAGGUCUGAGCAAGUUUGAUAUUUAGAAUGGUGCUUCACGACAAUGGAAGAUUCAGGGGAACCCUGUCCAACCAACAAUAUGAGCAUCUACUCCAUGGAAUGCAACACACAGAGACCUGGUAAGUCUAUUUGGGAAUUGGGACUACACAGUGAGCCUGGGGAGAUAUCAACGAAUCCACAUCUAAGAUGAUUCUCAAGCUGUGGUGGAGGCACUGCUAAGUAGGUAGGCAUACGCAUACCGAUCAAGACCAUAGGGCCUGCUCAUACAGAAUUCAAUCGAGUCCUCGACAUAAUUGCUGAUAUCAGAAUUAAAUCACAAUAUGGUGGCAGGUCAUUUCACAUGGGCCAUGAGUACCGCAGAACAUAGCUGGAGAAAGACAAUAUUAAGGUUUCAAGAGUACGAAAAAGGCAAUUUUAAGAGAUAAAUUAGGAUACGCUUUGGAUAUACAUAGAUAUGGUGAAAAAUUUAGGAUA